AAACAACAACUCAUCGCCAAAUUCGCUUCAUCACACAAAAGCCACGCCUCUGCAAUUGCUUCUUCCCGCCAGGAGCUGUAAUUCAUCAUGGGUCGAGACCAGAAUGUCGAAAACUUACCGCAGACGGUCGCUGAACUAGAAGCCCUCCCUUGGUGUCGGGCACUCCUCACAAGCCCAAGAGUUACAACUUUCAUUCCACCAUCCCGCGUCCCAGAAAAUGUCAAUCUACACGACAGAUUCUUCGGUAAAACGCUCAACAACUCGACUGGUGUACCGGCUUGCAUUAGCUUCCAUAUCGAGGCCCCGGGUCGAUCUCUCAUCACAGAACUCUCGUCCCUAUUCGCGCUUUCAAGAGGGGUUGAUGGCUAUCCCAACAUCGCGCACGGUGGCAUGACUGCAGUGCUCAUCGACGAGGUUCUUGGCGUCUUAAUUCAGAGGAACAUGGACACAGAGCGAGACGACCCGAUCUUCAAGAUGAACACAGUGACCUCUUCGAUGAACAUCAAAUACCUCAAGCCUAUCAAAACGCCAGGUGUUGUGCUAGGAACUGGGCAAAUCAAGGAAAUUCGUGGGAAGAAGAUCGUGCUUAGAGCUGUUCUCAAAGACGCAGAUGGUGUGGAGCUGGUGAUCUGCGACUCAAUAUGGAUUGGUAUCCCUAGAGUAAAGAUGUAGCAUGACUCUAGAAAGAGUUGGAAAGAACAUGUACAUACGCCUGCGCCAUUCAACAUUUGGUCUGCGCACAUGCAACUUCCGGCCUACAUCGUAAUCCACGAGAGUGGCAAUUUGGCAGGGCU